UCUGCCCAGCGCGCUCCGCUGGUGCCUCCCUCGCUGUAUUGUUGAGCAGGAAACCGGGCUGCGCGGGAGCUGGGCGGUGGAGGAGGGAGCGCGGACGCCGAAACCACAGGCGCCUGCCGGGACGAGUGGAGGCGAAGCCACCCCUGCUCCCCGAGGUUUCCCGACCCAGCCCUCAGAAGCCCCGCCCAACGAGAUGGGGGCCUAACCUGCAUCCCUUGCUGGCUGCGAAGGUCUAUCUAGCCCAUGGGCCCUCAGAGACCUGCCCUGCCAAGGGAGACCCCGCGGCCGCGAUGGCGGCGGACGUCGAGGGGGACAUGUACGUGCUGGUGGAGCAUCCCUUCGAGUACACCGGCAAGGACGGGCGGCGCGUCGCCAUCCAGCCCAACGAGCGCUACCGCUACCGGCUGCUGCGCCGGAGCACGGAGCACUGGUGGCACGUCCGGCGCGAGCCCGGCGGCCGCCCCUUCCACCUGCCGGCGCAGUACGUGCGCGAGCUGCCGGCGCUCGGGGACCCCGCCCGGGCCCCGCCCCCCGAACCGCUCGCCUACGACUACCGCUUCGUGAGCGCGCCGGCGCCCGCGGGCCCCGACGGCACGCCCGCCAAGCCCCGGGGCCGCGUGAGCUCCCUGUGCGGCCCCGCGCCGCGCGGCGCCUCGACCCAGCACGGCAGCCCGGGGCCCCGCCUGCCCACCUGCCUGUGCACGCGGCCCGCGGCGCCCGUGCGGCCCGCGCAGUCCCUGGACGACCUGGCGCGCGCCGCCGCCGCGCCCCCUGCCGGCCUCCUGGGAAGCGCGGGCAGCUUCAAGGCCUGCAGCGUGGCGGGCUCCUGGGUGUGCCCGCGCCCCCUGGCGCGCCGCGACUCGGAGAACGUCUACGAGGCCGUCCUGGACGUGCGCGGCCCGGCGCGGGAGGAGCGCCCGCAGCAGGUGGUCGACCCCCCGGAGCCCGUGUACGGGAACGUAGAGAGGCAGCCCCUGCCCACUUCACCUGGCACCGCCUCGGUCCCCCGCCCCCCCGCAUGGGAGAAGCACCUGGACGCGGGCAGCGGGCGCCCCUACGAUUACAACCCAGACACGGGCGUGACCACCUGGGAGUCGCCCUUCGAGGCCUCUGAGGGCGGCCAGCCCACCACCUCUCCGGCCUCGGUGGGCAGCCGCGAGAGCCUCGAGACAGACUGGGGCCAGUACUGGGAUGAGGAGAGCCGCAGGGUGUUCUUCUACAACCCGCUGACGGGCGAGGCCGUCUGGGAGGACGAGCCCGAGGACGAGCUGGAGGACAUGCAGCCAGGCCUGAGCCCACUGGACCCCGGCUCCUUGCAGCCCCCUACCCCUGAAACGGACUACCCCGAGUCGCUGACCAGUUACCCCGAGGAGGACUAUUCCCCCGUGGGCUCUUUGAGUGACCCUCGGCCCACCUCUCCGUUGGCCGCGCCCCCCGGCUGGUCUUGCCACGUGAGCCCCGAGGGCCAAACACUCUACACCAACCACUACACCCAAGAGCAGUGGGUGCGGUUGGAGGACCAACAUGGGCACCCCUACUUCUACAACCCAGAAGACACCUCAGUUCAGUGGGAGCUGCCCCAGGUAACCAUUCCUGUCCCUGCCCCUCGAAGUUCCUGCAAAUCCAACCAGGACAGUGAGACCCCAGCCCAGGCCAGCCCCCCUGAGGAGAAGAUCAAGACUCUGCACAAGGCCGGUGUGCUUCAUCGCACCAAGACGGUGGACAAGGCGAAGCGGCUCCGGAAGAAGCACUGGAGUGCCUCCUGGAUGGUGCUGGAGGGUGGCGUCCUGACAUUCUUCAAGGACUCGAAGGCCUCAGCUGCAGGCGCCCUGAGGCAGCCUCCCAAGCUCUGUACCCCUGAGUACACAGUGGAGUUGAGGGGAGCCUCUCUCUCCUGGGCCCCCAACGAGAAAUCUAGCAGGAAGAAUGUGCUGGAGGAGGGCUUUUUCUGGAGAAGGCGGCCACUUUGGCAUCGGGACAUGUACAGACCUCUCAAUGCCACACGGAAGAAAAACAUGGCACAGAAGCUACAGGAAAGGGAUUCUUCUGAUGAGGAUGAGGUUUUCAACAAGGGACCAGGAGAGAAAGGUGAUGCCCCAGCAGAGAAGCCUCAGGCUGCAGAUUCAGCUGCUGAACACCUGGGUGAGGAGAGCAACAGUGAACUCCACACUGUCAUCGUCCUCAAGUGACCUUGUCCUGCCUCAGGCUGUCUAUAAAGCUUAUUUUCAUUUUCU